AUGCCUGAGCUGACCUGUGUAAGGGAUGUCCAAAGGCUUACUGGAAGAGUGGUAGCGCUCAAUCGCUUUAUGUCGAGGUCGGCAAAGAGAUGCUUGCCAUUUUUUAGGAAGUUGAGGAAAGUUCUGAACUUCGAAUGGACCGAGGACUGUCGAGAAGCUUUCAAAGAGUUCAAAAGCUAUCUUAACUCGCCACAUGUGCUCAGUAGUCCACUGGAGGGAGAAGAGCUCCUGAUCUACUUAUCAGCCUCAGAGCAAGCUGUCAGUGCUGUACCGGUGAGAGCGGAAGGAGGAGAGCAGAAGCCAAUUUUCUAUGUCAGCAAAGUGCUCAAAGAUGCUGAGGUGAGAUACCUGAACAUUGAAAAAAUAGCAUAUGCUCUGUUGCUGGCGGUCAGAAAAUUCAGAGUUUACUUAGAGAGCCACCAAGGAGUAGUAAUGACAGAUCAGCCGCUGAAGAAAAUUCUCCAUAGACCAGAAACUUCAGACUUCAUAGCAGAGUGUUCCUUCAACAAAAAACAAGCAGAGCUGGGUAGGACAUCCUCACAAACACUAGAGGGUGAGCCAGAGGGGCAGUCCUCUAUAGAAUUCAGCUGGAAGCUAUAUGUAGACGGAGCAUCCGGCGCAGGGGGCAGUGGUGCGGGAGUAAUGCUGAAAGGUCCUGAAGGAUUCAAAGUUUGCUAUGCUCUGCACCUAAAGUUCAGUGCCUCCAACAAUGUAGCAGACUAUGAAGCCCUAAUAAAUGGGAUGUUGAUUGCAAUGGAAGUAGGGGUGACUGACCUCGAGGUAAAUAGCGACUCCCAGCUAGUGGUCAAUCAGAUAACGGGAGCAUAUCAGGCAAGAAACCCGACCAUGCAGAGCUACUUGACAAGGGUAAAGGCCAUAGAAAUUGAGCUCGAAAGGCAGAGAAUCGUGGUAAAGUAUCAGAUAAUACCCAGGGAAGAAAAUGAGGAGGCAGACAUGUUAAGUCGACUGACUAGAGAAGAGCUGGAGCAGCUCCCAAAUGAGGUGUAUAUACAACACGUUCACAUUCCUGCUUUUGAAAAAGCAAACAUCGUGAUGGAAGUCAAAGGACAGAACUGGAUGACCCCGUACCUAGAAUAUUUAGAGAAGGGAAAGCUUCCGGAAGACAAAGUCGAUGCGAAGAAAAUUGCAGCCCGAGCUGCUAACUACCAAGCGGUGAGGGGGACCCUAUACUGA